UCCCAGGAGCCCUUGCGGCGGGUCGCGAAGAUGGCGGCGGCGGCAGUGGCGGGAUACCCCUAAAGCAACCGCGAUGGAGCCUCCGCCAGCGCCGGGGCCGGAGCGGCUCUUUGACUCCAACCGGCUCCCAGGUGACGGCUUCCUGCUCCUCGCGCUGCUGCUCUACGCGCCCGUCGGUUUCUGCCUCCUCGUCCUGCGUCUCUUUCUUGGGAUCCACGUCUUCCUAGUGAGCUGCGCGCUUCCAGACAGCGUCCUUCGCAGGUUCGUGGUGCGGACCAUGUGUGCGGUGCUGGGGCUCGUGGCCCGGCAGGAGGACUCCGGACUCCGGGAUCACCGCGUCAGGGUCCUCAUUUCCAACCACGUGACACCUUUCGACCACAACAUAGUCAACUUGCUCACCAGUUGUAGCACCCCUCUACUCAAUAGUCCCCCCAGCUUUGUGUGCUGGUCUCGGGGCUUCAUGGAGAUGGAUGGGCGGGGGGAGUUGGUGGAGUCACUCAAGAGAUUCUGUGCUUCCACGAGGCUUCCCCCCACCCAUCUGCUGCUAUUCCCUGAGGAAGAGGCCACCAAUGGCCGGGAGGGGCUCCUGCACUUCAGUUCCUGGCCAUUUUCUAUCCAGGAUGUGGUACAGCCUCUUACCCUUCGAGUCCAGAGACCUCUAGUCUCUGUGACGGUGUCAGAUGCCUCCUGGGUCUCAGAACUGCUGUGGUCACUAUUCGUCCCUUUCACGGUGUAUCAAGUAAGGUGGCUCCGUCCUGUUCAUCGCCAGCUGGGGGAGGGGAAUGAAGAGUUUGCUCUUCGUGUACAACAGCUGGUGGCCAAAGAAUUGGGCCAGAGAGGGACACGACUCACUCCAGCAGACAAAGCAGAGCACAUGAAACGACAGAGACACCCCAGAUUGCGCCCGCAGUCAGCCCAGUCAUCUUUUCUUCCCUCCCCCAGCCCUUCUCCUGAUGUGCAGCUGGCAACUCUGGCUCAGAGAGUCAAGGAGGUUUUACCGCAUGUGCCACUGGGCGUCAUCCAGAGAGACCUGGCCAGGACUGGAUGCGUAGACUUGACCAUCACCAAUCUACUUGAGGGAGCUGUAGCUUUCAUACCUGAAGACACCACCGAGGGGACCCAGUCCCUCCCCACAGCCUCUGCCCCUAAGUUCCCCAGCUCUGGCCCGAUGCCUCAGCCCACAGCCAUAACAUUUGCCAAGUCCUCCUGGGCCCGGCAGGAAAGCCUGCAGGAGCGCAAGCAGGCACUGUAUGAAUACGCGAGAAGGAGAUUCACAGAGAGACAGGCCCAGGAGGCUGACUGAGUACAGGAUGGCACCCAGAGCCGCAGGACGGAGACUAGGGACAGCCCUCACCCAACUCACAACAGACCGGAUGGGUGGGUGGUAGAAAGGGAAAGAUGGGGCUCCCCCCCAAUAUCACAUUAAAUUCAGGGUUUUCACUCAAGGUCUCUGUUGCCUCUCUGGGUCUAAAAAGCCCCUUACUCAGGAUCCUUUUUGUUCAGUUGUGGGCAAUGGGGAUGAGGCCUCCUUGUAGUUCUGUAGCAGGCAAUCAGAAUGAAACUGUUGGAAAUCACCUCUUCACAUCAAGAGAUGAGUGGCAUUAACAAAGUGUAACUAAACUGAAGAUCCAACAGCGACUGGACAUAGCUGGGGUGUUGAGCCCAGGUUUGUGAAAGAAACAACUUGCAAAACCGCAAGUCCCAGGCCCUGACCACUAGUGUGGCUCGGUUGGGUGUCACCCCACAAAGUAAAGGGUCAUCAGUUCGAUUCCUAGUCCAAGCACAUGCCUGGGUUGUGGGUUUUGUCCCCAGAUGGGGUGCCUAUGAGAGGAAAUCAACAUGUUCCUCCCCCUCCCUUCCUCCCUCCCU